AUGUCUGAUGAAAGUUAUUCACCUGAAUCUGAUUUAUCCGUUAACAAUGAUCAGGAUAAUCCAGAAUGUUCUCCAUUGAAAAAGUACAAUCUUAGGACAACAGGAGUGAAAUGUAAACGUCGAUAUUCAACUGGAGGAGAAAUUAUAUCAGCCUCAAUAAAUCGUUCAAGGUUCCCAUCAAGAUUUCGUUCAUAUUCAGCAUCAGAUUCACAUAGACCAGGUUCUGUAUCAGGUUCUCCACAAUAUCGAUCACGUUCAGAAACAAAAUUAUCAUCUUCAAUGACAAGAGUAAAACAGUUGCAAUGCAUUAAGAAAACUGUUCAAAUGAUUGAUGUUGGACAUUUACAGGAGCAACUAAAUACAGCCCAUGUUUGCCCAGGUGCAAGAUUAAAAUUUAUUCCUGAUACAGAUACUGCCGUUGGUUUAUUUCAUCGGAACAGUUUAGAAUGUUCAAAAUGUCAUAAACAUACCGAUGCACCAAACUUUCCACCUAAAUAUCCAAUUGAAUCAACAGUGCACGAAUCGAAUGCACGUUUGUAUGCUGUAUCUGCUGCAACUGAUCUUGGCUAUGAAGCAAUUAGUACUCUCAUGUCAUCGUUAUGCUUAUCAAUAACUACAAAAAAACAUUUUAUUGAACAGACACAUAAAGUAUAUUCUACUUUGCAUGAAUUUGCACAAAAGAAAUUUCACUUAUUAAUCAACAAUAUUAGACAGUCGGCGAAUAUUCACGACUUAGAUUCAAUUUUGAAUGUUUAUGCUUCACUUGAUGGUACAUGGAAACGUCGUGGUCAUAUAUCAAAUUAUGGGAUUGUUUUUCUUAUACAUGUAGAAAUUGGCUAUUGUAUUGAUUACGAAGUUCUUAGUUUACGUUGUGAAACAUGUGAUGCAAAAAAAUCCCAGCUAACUAUGUCCCAACUAGCCGAAGGUGCCUCAAGAAUUUUUCAACG